AUGUUAGAAUUUACAGAAGCUUUGCUUGAAGUGUCAGAAAAUGAUCUUGAUCCUAAAAUACAAAAUGAAGCUAAAUCUUUAGCAACAAAUGAGUUUGGUGAUUUUGAGUUUUUGAUGGCUAUAAUUAUUUGGUUUGAAAUAUUAUCUGCAAUUAAUUUUGUUAGCAAGCUUUUACAGGAAAAGGAUAUGCUUAUUGAUGUUGCUAUGCAAAAAAUUAAGGGGUUGAUUUCGUAUUUUGAGGGAUAUAGAGAAACAGGUUUUUAUAAGGUAUUGAUUAACGCUAAGGAAAUUGCGGUGGAAUUGAAUAUUGCCCCAAUAUUUCCUCAAAGGCGUAUAAUUAAAAGAAAAAGGCAAUUUGAUGAGAAUUUGAAUAUCCCAUCAGUGGAGCUAUCAGAAGAAGAAUCAUUCAGGGUUAAUUAUUUUCUUUACCUUGUUGACCAAGCUGUUGUUUCUCUUAAUAAGAGGUUUGAGCAAUACCAAGAGUAUGAAAGUAUUUUUGGUUUCUUGUUUACUUCUCACAAGUUACAAUCAUUAGAUGAUGCAACUUUGAAGUCUUGUUGUACUAACUUUGAGCAGACAUUGAAACAUAAUGAGCAAUCUGAUAUUGAUGGGAAUGAAUUUUUUGCAGAGUUGAAGUUACUAAGAGAAAUGUUGCUUGAAGAAACCAUAAGACCUACUGAUAUAUUAUUAGUUUUAAAAGGCUUGAAUUGUUUUCCUAAUACAGUUAUUGCAUAUAGAAUCUUAUUGACUAUUCCUGUGACAGUUGCUUCUACAGAAAGAAGUUUUUCAAAAUUGAAGUUAUUAAAGACUUACUUGCGGUCUACUAUGUCACAAGAAAGACUUAAUGAAUUGGCAUUAAUAGCUAUUGAAAAUGAUAUUUUGGAGACAAUAAAAUAUGAAGACUUAGUUGACGAUUUUGCUUCAAAAAGUGUUCGUAGGAAGACUCUUUUUAUGUAG